GAGGCGUGAACGUUUCGCUGUUUCAGACAAACAGGAAACUAAAUUUCCUUCGUGAGGAAAAACAAAGUCCUGCAGUUGAAACCAAAAAGGUUUCCGCCUGAGUUAUCUCUAGCACAGCACCUGCAGAAGCCCCCAAACCCACGCACAGUAUUGACGGCUACAUUAUGGGGGUGACGUCAGUCUGUUGUUUUGCUGUUCUGAGGCCCCUAGUAAACAGGAGCCUUGCGGGGCCUCAUGGGGAGCCGGAUCGAAGCUGCUUCUUGGUGGGGAGAUAUAAAUGGUCUGGGCGCUGCCCUGGAACAGACACAUGCUGGACCUGAGCGUCUGCGCUGACAACUGCUGACAUGAAGACGAAGGCUUUGGUCAUAUGGACGUGCAGUCUGGUCAUCUCUCUGUUCAUAGACUACUGCCACGCUCAGAAGCUGAACAUCCACUGGGGUCCACAGUCCAUGAUGUACCUGAAGGGCAAGUAUGGGAAGAGGUUUGUGUCAGAGGACAACAACAGAGUCUGGAAACGGGGUCUGAACAGUCUUCACGCGCUGCUCAAAGGGCCCCAGGUACUGAGAAUGAACUGCAGUGACGACAGUAUGAGGAUGCCAGGUCUCAAGAAGUUAACCAGUUUAGUGCACAGGUCUUGAGGGUCAGUGUCCUCCAUGUUUUCCAACUCACCUGGCAUUAAAGCUUCUCAUUUGCAAAACACAGCUGCUUCAGGGAAUCAGCUGCAGGGAGAAGCCAGUAGGAGGCCAGCUCUCGAGUCCCAGAGUCCCACAUCCCUGGUUUACUCCAUAAAAAUGAAAUGAUUGAUUACAUCCUUGAAAAGAAGGAACACAUUGACCAAAUGGGAACCUGAAGCCUGCGUUCAUCUAAGAAAAACUAAAAGGAAAGUCCCCUAAUGAACACAGACUCAAACUCCUGGACCUGUUAGCCUGCAACAACUAGGGUUAGCUUUACACAAUUAUACUAUCAAAGUACUUGGCUCAUGAAGCCACAGGAGUUUGGUCUCAGUAAUUUCAGCCAAAAUAAUUUAAAAAGCCUGAAAUGAUGGACCGAAGUGGAGGAAUGGUUGUGUUCUAGUUCAUCUGUGCUCUCACUGCUUUCUGCUCCGAUGUCAUCCAUCAGUUCCUGAACGUGUCAGAAGCGAGAUAUUCCUCAACCUUCAAUAGUGAUCCUUUACACUGAGUGUCUGAGUCAUGUUGCCAUAGCGACUCUGCAACUGUGCAGUCCUCCUGCAUCGUCGCACGUGCCACAGAGCUGCUCCAGCUUUUUAAUGCGGCAGCAGCAGCUCCCAGCAGCCGCCUCGCAGCUUCAUCAAUCGUUACCAUGGUAACAACCUGACAGGUGUCUCUGCUUUGCAAAAAUCUCAACGACCAUCAUGUAUCUACUUCUCAUGUUUGCCUGAUGUUACUCUUGUUCUUCUGUGGGAACAUUUGUCACACUUAGAAUGUUGCUUUGGUAGAACAAGGAGGUUUGUUUUCAUGAAAUUUUACUUUGUGUUUUACAUAAAUGUAAAUAUAUAGGAAUGACAAAAAAUACCCAUUACAAGUUUUACUGAUUUUAUAGGGUGAGUUUUCUUUGGAGAUAAACUUCUUAAUGUCUUUAUUUCUGUGGUAAAUGUGAACACUUGAGACGAAAAAGUUCUGAAAAUCUUUGGUCAAAAUGAACGUCUCCAUGAAGCUGCUGUUUCUCAGCCUCUGUCACGUCACGUCUGAAAGACAAACGUCAGGACGGACUACCAUCAGCACCA